CCUGUGAGCAGAAACAGACCGGGACUCGGGGAUCUGACCUCCGUCCUGCAGACCCCCCUCACCUGUGCGCUCCUCACCUGUGCGUCCUGCGCGUCCUGCGCGUCCUGCGGGGGAAAGUCCGGCACAGGCACACGCAGCAGCAGCAGGAGGAGGAGGAGGAGGAGUGGAAGGAAGGAGGAGUGGAGGGAGGAGUGGAAGUACAGCUGGAGUUGCUCGGGUAGUUUUCCUCGCCCUCCGGAGGGGUCUGGGAGUGAAACAUGGAGCGGGCUGGAAGUUUGCUGCUGCCCGCGGCUCUGCUGCUGCUGUCCCUGGGACCCGCGGCCGUGCGCGCAGACACCUUCAAGGCAUGUCUGUCCGGUCAGGCACCAGACUGUAUGCUCAUCCAGUCCAAAGAGGACGACUGGGACUGGGAGCUGGGAGACACCAGAGGCCGGCACACCAGCAGUCCCUGGAUCCCUGCAGGGUCGUCCUUCCUGUUCGUGAACACGUCGGGCCGCUACAGCGGCCAGCGCGCUCAGCUGCUGCUGCCGCCGCUCAAGGAGAACGACACGCACUGCGUCAGCUUCCAGUUCUACCAGGCCGGGGGGCGGGAGGGGGCAGCCCCCGCCACGCUCAACGUCUACGUCAGAGAGAACAACAGUCCACUGGGAGUUCCCGUCUUCAACUCGUCCGGCCCCGCCUACCACAUCUGGAAGGGGGUGGAGCUUGCCGUCUCCACGUUCUGGCCCAAUCACUAUCAGGUGGUGUUUGAGGCCGUCAGCACCGGUCAAAGAGGAGUCCUGGCCAUCAAGGACAUCACACUGCAGGGACAUCAGUGCAUGAGUACGCCGCACUUCCUGCACAUCAAAGGUGUGGAAGUGAACGCAGGACAGACGGCUUCAUUUCAGUGCACAGUAAACGGACGACCGCAGAGCAACCUGCUGCUGCACUUGCAGGGGAUGGGCGGCCGACAGGCUGCCAUCAAGGAAACCAAGCCGGUGAACUCUCGUCGUUACGUGGCAAGCUUUGACGUUGAGAAUACAACGAAGGGUGACUCUGGACGAUACCGAUGCAUUGCCCAAUCAGAGCGAGGAGUAGGCGUGUCCUCCUACGCUGACCUCACAGUCAAACAGCCGCCCGUACCCAUCGCCCCGCCACAGCUGACUGCAGUCGGGGCCACGUACCUGUGGAUCCAGCUCAACGCCAACUCCAUCAACGGAGAUGGGCCUAUCAUCGACAGAGAGGUGGAGUACCGUACCGUAGCAGGCAUGUUGAUUGACACCACGCCUGUAGAUAAGUCCACCCACAAAAUUGGACACCUCGACCCCGACACCGAAUACGAGAUCAGCGUGCUUCUCACGAGACCCCUGGAAGGAGGGACAGGAAACCCCGGGCCACCGCUCCGAGCCAGGACCAAGUGUGCAGACCCCAUGAACGGCCCCCAGCGUCUCGAGGUCGUCGACAUUCAGUCCAAACAGGUGACCAUUCGAUGGGAGCCGUUUGGAUACAACGUGACUCGCUGUUACAGCUACAACCUGACGGCGCAGUACCGCUACAGGCCUGCGGGGCCCCCCAGCAGGGAGCCGGUGAAGGAAGAGGUGCGGGAGGAGGUGGUGUACGACACUCUGAGCACGGUGCCACAACACACCGUCCGGAACCUCCCACCGUUCACCAACGUCAGCCUGAGACUCAUCCUGAGGAACCCCGAGGGCCGCAAGGAGAGCGCGGAGCUGCUGGUGCUGACGGACGAGGACGUUCCCGGAGCCGUCCCUGUGGACUCCAUCCUGGGCAGCAGCUACGAGCAGCAGAUCAGCUUGAGCUGGAGGGAACCGGUGAAGACCUACGGACUCAUCCGACAGUACGAGAUCUCCUACAAAGCUCUGAGCUCCUUCGACACGGAGUUUGACUUGUCCAAUCAGAGCGGCAAGGUUUCAAAACUGGCCAACGAGACGAGCCACGUGUUCACCGGCCUCUUCCCAGGAUCCACCUACUCCUUCACAAUAAGAGCGGCCACCGUGAAAGGCUUCGGCCCUCCGGUCAUCACGCAGUUCACCACCAAGAUCUCAGCACCGCUGAUGCCGGCCUACGAUCAGGAGUCUCCUCUGAACCAGACGGACUCCACCGUCACCGUUCUGCUGAAACCAGCCCAGAGCCGGGGAGCUCCGGUCAGUAAGUACCAGGUGGUGGUGGAGGAGGAGCGCCCCCGCAGGCAGAGGAGGGGUACUGCAGAGAUACUGCGCUGUUACCCGGUGCCCAUUCACUUCCAGAAUGCCACACUGCUCAACUCGCAGUAUUACUUCAGCGCCGAGCUGCCCAUGAGUGAUCUGCGGGCACCCAUGCCAUUCUGUGUCGGUGACAACAGGACCUACAACGGUUACUGGAACGCUCCUCUGCUGCCUCAUAAGAGCUACGGGAUCUACUACCAGGCUGUGAGCACUGCUAACGGGGAGACAAAGAUCGACUGUGUGCGUGUGGCCACCAAAGCCGCGAUAAUCGUCACCCAGCUCACCACGCCGUACAUUCGCCUCGCCCCGGCCGCCGGCGACAAGAAGCUGACAGGAGCUGCCACCAGGAAACCAGAACCCGAACCAGAGAAACAGUCGGAUCACACGGUGAAGAUUGCCGGCUCCAUCGCUGGCGUCCUGCUCUUCAUCAUCAUCUUCCUCGGAGUCAUCUUGCUGAUGAAGAAAAGACGAAGAAAUUAUCACUCCUACACUUACUACCUGAAGUUGGCAAAGAAGAGGAAGGAAACUCUGAGCUCCAGGCAGGAAAUGACUCUGAUGGUCAACAACUCCCAACACACAACCGUGGUGGAAACGCACACGCACACACUCAACGGUCGCACUGUGUCCUCUCCGUCCUCCUUCACCCUGAAGUCCAACACCAUCAGCACCACCGUCCCCAACUCCUACUACCCAGACCCCUUCGUUCCGACGGCCAUUCUGGAUGACAGUCACACUAUGACCAGUGAAACCAGUAGCCUGGUCCAGUCCCACUACAAGCAACGGGAGUCGGAACGGGAGGCGGUCCCCUACCAGACGGGACAGCUGCAUCCGGCCAUCCGGGUAGCCGACCUGCUGCAGCACAUCACGCAGAUGAAGUGUGCCGAGGGCUACGGCUUUAAGGAGGAGUACGAGAGCUUCUUCGAGGGACAGUCCGCCCCAUGGGAUUCUGCCAAAAAAGACGAGAACCGCAUGAAGAAUCGUUACGGAAACAUCAUUGCCUACGACCACUCUCGUGUGCGUCUGCAGCCUCAGGAGGGAGACGGAGGCUCCGACUACAUCAACGCAAACUACGUGGAUGGCUACCACAGACCCAACCACUACAUCGCCACUCAAGGUCCUAUGCAGGAGACGGUGUACGACUUCUGGAGGAUGAUUUGGCAGGAGAACACUGCAGCCAUCGUCAUGGUAACCAACCUGGUGGAGGUGGGACGGGUGAAGUGCUGCAAGUAUUGGCCCGACGACACAGAGAUCUACGGUGACAUGAAGGUGACGCUGAUCGAGACGCAGCUGCUCUCCGAGUAUGUGAUCCGAACGUUUGCCGUAGAGAAGAGAGGCGUGGCCGAGAUCAGGGAGAUCCGGCAGUUUCACUUCACCGGCUGGCCCGACCACGGCGUCCCGCUCCACGCUACCGGGCUGCUGGGCUUCAUCCGCCGCGUCAAGGCCAAGACCCCGCCCACCGCCGGCCCCACCGUGGUCCACUGCAGUGCGGGGGCGGGGCGUACCGGCUGCUUCAUCGUGAUCGACAUCAUGCUGGACAUGGCUGAGAGGGAGGGCGUGGUCGACAUCUACAACUGCGUCCGGGAGCUGAGAGCUCGGAGGGUCAACAUGGUCCAAACAGAGGAGCAGUAUGUCUUCAUCCACGACGCCAUCCUGGAGGCGUGUCUGUGCGGCGACACGGCGGUGCCCACCAGUCAGCUGCGCUCAGUUUACUACGAGAUGAACCGUCUGGAUCCACAGACCAACUCGUGUCAGAUCAAAGAGGAGUUCAGGACUCUGAACAUGGUGACACCGACGCUGCGGGUGGAGGACUGCAGCAUCGCCCUGUUGCCUAGGAACCACGAGAAGAACCGCUGCAUGGACGUGCUGCCGCCGGACCGCUGCCUGCCCUUCCUCAUCACCAUCGAUGGAGAGAGCUCCAACUACAUCAACGCUGCGCUCAUGGACAGCUACAAGCAGCCGUCAGCAUUCAUCGUUACCCAGCAUCCUUUGCCAAACACGGUGAAAGACUUCUGGCGUCUGGUCCUCGAUUACCACUGUACGUCCAUCGUCAUGCUGAACGACGUCGACCCCGCACAGCUGUGUCCUCAGUACUGGCCAGAGAAUGGGCUCCAUCGCCUGGGCUCCCUGCAGGUGGAGUUUGUCUCCGCAGAUCUGGAGGAGGACGUCAUCAGCCGCAUCUUCAGGAUUUAUAACACAGCCAGGCCGCAGGACGGGUACCGGAUGGUGCAGCAGUUCCAGUUCCUGGGCUGGCCCAUGUACCGCGACACGCCCGUGUCCAAGCGCUCCUUCCUUAAGCUCGUCCACCAGGUGGACAAAUGGCAGGAGGAGUACGACGGGGGGGAGGGCCGCACCGUGGUGCACUGCCUGAACGGCGGGGGGCGCAGCGGUGUGUUCUGCAGCAUCAGUAUCGUGUGUGAGAUGCUGCGACAGCAGCGCUGCGUCGACGUCUUUCACGCCGUGAAGACGCUCAGAAACAACAAACCAAACAUGGUGGACCUGCUGGAACAGUACAAGUUCUGUUAUGAAGUGGCUCUGGAGUAUCUCAAUUCUGCUUAGCUGGGACCAGGGGCUCCUUCAUCACCUCCUCUUCCUCCAGCGGUCUGACGGGGGGAAGAGGACGACGACUACUGACUGAAGGUGGACGGGAAGAGGAGGUCGUUUUUGCACUGCCUUGACUGCGAGCACGGACACUGACAGACUCACAGCGUUUCUCAUUUGGUGUCACUUUGUUGUGUUGUUUUUGAUUGUUUUGUCGUAUCGUUGAGCUAAAGCAAACAAAACUUCUGGCAUGUCUUGGAACAUUGAGAUCAGCGUGCCCAUGCACUCCCGCAGCCAAAAGAUGUUCCGUUCGACUGUCAGGCUGCACCCGCCCCUGGAAGGGUUUUCAGCUGGUUGAUGUUCACAUUCAGACAAAGUUUCACAGUAAACGCUGCCAUGACGGGUUCCUCCGGUGAUGGAGAAAACCUAAAAGCAGAAAGAUUCUCUCCAGACAGGACCAAUAUGUGUUUCCUGUUUGUGUGUUGAAAUGGUUAGUUCUGAUUCUGAGGAAGACAAAGAUUUUCAUCGAAAUCAGCAACGAAAGGUUUUUUUAAAAAGGUUUCAGCUCCUCAGUUUAUCAUCUCACAUAAUAAAAAUGUGUCCCAGAACUUUCACUCAUGUCAGACAUCAAACUAUGUGGUCAUUAGGAGGUCAAAAUGGAAAAAAAUUAGGUGUGUGUUGCCAUGGAAACCAGAGAAAAAUCCUACCAAUAGCAUAUGGUCAAACCCUGGUCUAAUAUGAUUAGGUUUCUCUUUCUCUAUGGACCGGUCUAACUCUGGUUAUAUCCGUCCCUGGCCGGUCUAACUCUGGUUAUAUCCGUCCCUGGCCGGUCUAACUCUGGUUAUAUCCGUCCCUGGCCGGUCUAACUCUGGUUAUAUCCGUUCCUGGCCGGUCAUACUCUGGUUAUAUCAAUCCCUGGUCGGUCUAACUCUGGUUAUAUCCCUCCCUGGCCCGUCUAACUCUGGUUAUAUCAAUCCCUGGUCGGUCUAACUCUGGUUAUAUCCGUCCCUGGCUGGUCUAACUCUGGUUAUAUCUGUCCCUGGCCAGUAUAACUCUGGUUAUAUCAAUCCCUGGCCGGUCUAACUCUGGUUAUAUCUGUCCCUGGCCAGUAUAACUCUGGUUAUAUCAAUCCCUGGUCGGUCUAACUCUGGUUAUAUCCGUCCCUGGCUGGUCUAACUCUGGUUAUAUCAAUCUCUGGUCGGUCUAACUCUGGUUAUAUCAAUCCCUGGUCAGUCUAACUCUGGUUAUAUCAGUCCCUGGCUGGUCUAACUCUGGUUAUAUCAAUCCCUGGUUGGUCUAACUGUGGUUAUAUCUGUCCCUGGCUGGUCUAACUCUGGUUAUAUCCGUCCCUGGCCGGUCUAACUCUGGUUAUAUCCAUCUCUGGCCGAUCUAACUCUGGUUAUAUCUGUCCCUGGCCGGUAUAACUCUGGUUAUAUCCAUCCCUGGCCGGUCUAACUCUGGUUAUAUCCAUCCCUGGCCGGUCUAACUCUGGUUAUAUCCAUCCCUGGCCGGUCUAACUCUGGUUAUAUCCAUCCCUGGCCGGUCUAACUCUGGUUAUAUCCAUCCCUGGCCGGUCUAACUCUGGUUAUAUCCGUCCCUGGCCGGUCUAACUCUGGUUAUAUCCGUCCCUGGCCCGUCUAACUCUGGUUAUAUCCGUCCCUGGCUGGUCUAACUCUGGUUAUAUGAGGCCCUGCCGGUCUAAGUCUGGUUAUAUCCGUCCCUGGCCGACCUAACCGAGGUUAUGGAUUGGUCUAACUUUACCUUUUGUAACCUUCAGCUCUAUUACAGAUCGGGUACCAGCAGAUGUCAGUUUAAGGAGUUUAAGAUGAGGGAACGUUUCCAUGGCAGCUGUACAGCCUCAACUUACUGACAGGACUAUAUAACACCGUAUAUAUAUAUAACACUCAGGAACAUGAGUGGAGAUUGUUAAAUUUUUCAUAUUUGUGUUUUAUGUAUGUCCACAGAGAAAGGUAAAAAUGUUUAAAAACAUGCAGCUGUUUAUGUUACGUGUCACCGUCCGUCAGUCUUCUUCGCUGGUGUUUGUACUGUACUGCUGCAGAUUUGAACUAACUGGACGGGGGGGGGGGGGACAGCCCAGGCCUCAGUUUUGACGCUGGUCCCCGUCAGGCUGGGGUCAGCUGCUCACAGGUUUCAUUUCAGACUGAUACAAAAGGUGAGCUGUUAAUAAUGUAUAUAAAGCAGGAGAAAGCAGGAAGAAUAUUUAUUCCCUCAGUUGUUCAGUGUUGUCGCUGUUGUUCUCGUGAAGCACAGAGAGAGACAAUCAUGAUUGAUGACAUUAAUGUUCCACUUGAAGAACCACAGUUCGGGCAGGUUUUUGAUGGAAUCCUGUCGACACAUGGCUCUGGAAUGUGUGCUCGUGGUUUUGACUGAUCUGUUGGCAUAUGGCUCUGGUGCUGAUGAGAAUAUUAUUGUAAUGAAAACUUUUAUUUAUGUUGUAUGAUUAAAAAAAUACUACAAAUAAAAAUAUACAC